CUUUUCUCAACCAAUAAUUUUUAAUUAUACUUUUCUCAACCAAUAAUUUAAAUCAAGAGCAAUCUCUUAUGAAAUCUGAGACAUAUGUAUUCAUCUCUUCCCUUCUUCACCAGCUGCAAACAUAAUGGUAAUCCCUAUGAGUGUAUGCAAAUCAGCAGCGAAGAAAAUUCUUGAAGAACUCACUACUAUACUAAUGAACAAGUAUAAUCUACAAUCUGCUUUCAAAGAUGAUUCCAUCAAGCUAAGAAACGACAUGUCAGCAAUAUUAGCAGUUCUUCUAGAUGCAGAAAAGAAGCAGGAGAAGAAUCACUUGGUUGAGGAUUGGUUGAUGAAGCUCCGGGAUGUACUGCACGAUGCAGAAGACCUGUUGGAUGAUAUAAAUGCUGAAGCUUUGAGGCAGAAAGUGGAAGCUGAGAUGAGAAUUGUUACUUGGGUAAGAAACAUGUUUUUCUUUUCUGAUAUGGAUGAUAGAAUUAAGAAAAUUAUAGUUAGAAUUGAUGAUAUAGCAAAUCGGAUUAGUAGUCUUCAUUUGCAGGAACUUGAUCAACAACAAGUUGUUGAUUCUUCUAAUAGACAAAGGGAUAGUGUUAGAUGUUACACUGAGGUUGUUGGAAGAGAAGAAGAUAAGAAAAGGGUGAUUGAAAGGUUAUUAGGUGGUUGUGGUAAUAGUAAUAAUGAUGAGUCUUUUGUUGUUGUUCCUGUCGUGGGAAUAGGAGGGUUAGGGAAGACAACACUUGUCAAUUUAAUUUUUGAUGAUGAUAAAGUGAAGAAUGGUUUUGAUUUGAAGCUUUGGAUCGAUGUGUCGGAUGAUUUGAAUAUAGAGAGGAUUUGGCAAAAGAAAGUUGUUAGAGCUGUAGAUUGUUCUUCUGAUCAGAAUGUUUAUGACAUAGAUUUCCUGUCAUCGUGUCUUAAUGAUAAAUUGAGUGAGAAGAAAUGUUUACUUGUUUUAGACGAUGUUUGGAAAUGUAACCGAGUCGAAUGGCUUGAUCUGAAGAAAUUGUUGUUAGGAAAAUUUGCAAAAGGAAGCAGAAUUCUAGCGACGACUCGCUACAAAAGUACUGCGUCCGUGAUGGGUGAAAAUGAAAAUGAAAAUGAAAACAGUUUGUAUCAAUUAGGUGCUUUGGCUGUUGGCGAAUGCAGGUCGUUGUUUGAGAAAUGGGCGUUUGGAGAAGGAGAAAAAGUCCAACAUCCUAAUCUUGUUAAAAUCGGUGAAGAGAUAUUGAUGAAAUGCGGUGGAGUGCCUUUAGCGAUACGCACCGUGGGAGGUUUACUAUCUGGAACCAAAGAGGAAUCUUAUUGGACGUCAGUGAAAAACAGCGAUACUUGGAGUAUGAGUCACCUGUCUGAAAACGAAGACGGUAUAAUGUCGGUUCUUAAGUUAAGCUAUGAUCAAUUACCGUCCCCAUUUAAAGAAUGUUUUGCAUUUUGUUCAUUAAUUCCUAAAGGCAAAGAAUUUGAUAAGCAGGAUUUAAUCCAUUUAUGGAUGGCUCAAGGUUUCAUUCAACCAUCAAACAGUGAUCAACAAUUAGAAGAUGUUGGAACUUGGUAUAUAAAUGAGUUUGUGUCAAGAUCAAUAUUCGACAUAGUACAUGAGAAUCACAAAACUGAAAUAGUAAAAUGCAGAAUGCAUGAUCUAUUUCAUGAUCUUGCUAAUUUAGUGGCAGGAAAUUUGAUGGUUAACUCUGAUACUUCAAGUAUGACUGAAAGCACAAGACACAUUUCAUUUCGGGAUCGAGGAGAAAUAAGGGAAGAUCCAAGUUUGUUUCUCAAGUUACCAAAAUUGAGAACACUUCUUUUGUGUGCAAAGUUGGGAGAUCAUUUGAAUGUUGUCCUCUCGGGUUUGACUUACUUACGCGCGUUGGAUUUGAGCUACACGGGAAUAACAUAUCUUCCAAAUAGCAUCAGUAGCAUGAAACUUCUGAGGUAUCUAAAUCUAAACGGAAACAACGAACUUCGGUUCCUUCCGGAUUCAAUUUGUUGCCUUCAUUUUCUACAAGCAUUGAUGCUAUCAGGAUGCAUAAAAAUGAGUACCUUCCCAAAAAAAAUUAAUCACUUAGUUUCCCUUAGACAUUUGGUGAUAACCUCUCCAAAUGUUUUUGAGAAACAACUUGGUACUUUAACAUCGCUUCGGUCAUUAACAAUUGAACAUUGUAGAAAUCUUGUGUCAUUGACCGAAGUAACUCAGAAUCUCACUUCCCUUCGAACGCUACGGAUCCACAACUGUGCUAAGUUAGCUUCAUUGCCAAGUAAUUUGAAAAACUGCACUGCACUUGAAAAUUUGGAAGUUGUAAACUGUCCUAAGAUGGAAUCAUUGGAUGUGAGCAUCGAAAGUCUUUCUAGCCUUCGCUCGUUAACGAUCAAAGGUUUACACAAGCUGAGAACUCUACCAAUCAAGCCUGAAUUCUAUGCAAGUAGUCUUCAGUUUCUGUUAAUCAUAGACUGUGUUUCUCUCAUGACACUGCCUGAUUAUGUGAGGAAUCUAUCAUCGUUGAUGCGCAUACACAUUCGGUACUGUCCCAACCUUCUAAAUUUACCGUCUGGAUUUGUUCACCUUACUGCUUUACAAGUCUUGCAAAUUGAUGGCUGUCCUCUUUUAAGCCCAAGAUGCCAAAGGAUUGCUGGCGAGGAUUGGGAAAAGAUCGCUCAUGUGCGCGAAAUCUAUGUUGACAAUGUCAGAAUCUAGUUCACCACUGCAAUAGGAAUAUAUGCAUUUCAAAUUUAUUUGUAUUCCUUAAAUCCCACAUUAAUCAAGAUGUAUACCUCUUGGUUGCUAUUAUGUUAUAAUAAAAGUGUUUGCA